UGUUCAGUUGUACAGUAUUUCGUUCCAGGUCGACAGCACAAUAGUUGCAGCACACACGCAGUGGUGCUCCUGACAGCAGACAUCUUAGCAGCUUUCUUUCCACAGACUGAGAUACUUGUUUAAAUUUCUGAUGUGGCUUUGGCAUCAGAGCCCAAAGUUGAAUCGCUUGAGCUCCUCUCAUUGACAACAGUAAUGACGUCUUCAUAAUAUUACACAUUGGCCGGUUUAGUUCAACAUAUCCAUUUCUGUCUGUCAGACCAAUACAGCAGAUUAAUCUCAAGAUUUUCCUAGAGAUUGGCUUUUGGUGGCAAGCAUGAAUUCCAGUCAGCAGCGGAACAAGAGAUCCAAUUCAUCAAGAAAAAGUGUGGAGAUCGUACAGGAACCAAACAGGCAAACACAUUCGGGACAGACAAACGGCAUUAUGCAAGCACAACACAUACUAGCUGAGGUACCCACAGCUGUGAGUGCUGUGCCGAUCUGUAGCCAAGGCUUUUCUAACUCCAAGGGGUCUACCUGUCAGAAGGACAUCUGGAAGAAUGCAUUUGGUGUGUUGGAGACACAAGAACAGAAGGAAGAAAGGAGAAAAAAAUCAAUUAAGGCAAUGGACACUGUGUUUUUCAAUGAGUAUGAAAGUAAAGUACGACCUUGUAUUGAUCUCAUUGACCAACUGAGAGCUUUUGGUGUGGACAAAGAUCUGGGACUUCCAGCCAUCGCUGUGAUUGGAGACCAGAGCUCUGGGAAGAGCUCAGUACUGGAGGCACUGUCCGGGGUGUCACUUCCCAGAGGAAAAGGGAUUGUGACAAGAUGCCCAUUGGAACUGAAGCUCAAAAAAGUCAGAAAGGAGAAUGUUUGGAAAGGGAAAAUAAAGUACAAGGACUACGUGCAAAUACUCAAAAGCACCACUGAAGUGGAACAAGAAAUCCACAAAGCCCAGAACACAAUCGCAGGACAAGGAGUUGGAAUCAGCCCAGAACUAAUCAGUCUUGAAAUCGAAUCCACCAACGUCCCUGAUCUGACCCUUAUAGACUUGCCAGGAAUUGCCAGAGUGGCAGUUGGUGACCAACCAGUAAAUAUUGGAGACCAGAUUAAGAAACUCAUCAAGUCGUUCAUCCAGAAACAAGAAACAAUUAACCUGGUGGUUGUGCCAUGCAACGUUGAUAUAGCAACCACAGAAGCUCUGAAAAUGGCCCAGGAAGUGGACCCUUCUGGAGAAAGGACUCUAGGCAUUUUAACAAAGCCUGACCUGGUUGACAAAGGAACAGAGGCAAGUGUUGUUGACAUUAUGCGGAACAUAAUAGUGGAAUUAAAGAAAGGUUACAUGAUUGUCAAGUGCCGUGGACAAAAGGACAUUGAUGACAAAUUGACCCUUGAUGAUGCAAUCACAAAGGAAAGAAUGUUUUUUGAAGAUCACGAACACUUUAGGCAACUUCUGGACAAUGGGAAAGCCACUAUUCCAUGCUUAGCUGGUAGACUGACAAACGAACUUGUUAGCCACAUCAAUAAAUCUUUGCCACAGUUGAGAAAGGACGUUGAAAUGAAACUGAACAAAACAAAGCAAAGUCUGAAAGACUACAGCAAUGGUGUUCCUGAUGCACCUGAAGAGAAAUUAAUGUUCAUGAUCGAGAAAAUCAACAAAUUCUGUCAUCAAAUAAAAAAUUUAACAUCCGGGGAAGAGACUCAGAUCCUCAUAAAUGGGAUGAGAUACAUCACCAAAGUACGAAAGGUGUUUGAAGAAUGGAAUUCAUUUCUGGAGAAGCAGACGUUAAAUUUCCGGGAUGACCUGCGUAAUGAAAUUCGAGAUUUUGAAAAUAAUUACCGUGGAAGGGAACUACCAGGGUUUGUCAACUACAAGACGUUUGAAUCACUGGUAAAGGAUAACAUUGUAGAAUUGGAAGAGCCAGCCAUUAAUAAACUGAAGGUUGUCACAGAACUGACAAGAACAGCUUCAAUUGAAAUUGCUGAAGAGCAUUUCAAAGCCUUUUCCAACCUUUUUAAAUUUGCCAAGAUCAAAAUCGAAUCCAUUAGCCAUCAACAAGAGAGUGAAGCAGAGAAGAUGCUGAAGGCACAGUUCAAGAUUGAGAACAUGGUGUACUCCCAAGACAAAAUCUACAGCAGUAAUUUAAGUACAACAAAAAACACGGCAUCAAUAUUUGGUGCAAAUGCCACUGUCCAGGAAAUGUCACACCAUGUACAAACAUACUACAAGAUUGCUUCUUGUCGACUGGCUGACCAGAUUCCCCUGGUAAUAUGCUACCAUAUUUUACGUGAAUUUGCUGAUAAACUACAGGGAGAGAUGCUCACACUCCUCCAAGAUCGAGACCGCAUCGAUGAAUACCUGUUUGAGGAUCAAGACACAAAGAGGAAGAGAGAGACCCUUCAAAGCCAAAUGAGUCGACUGAUAAAAGCACACAAGGCUUUGCUUGAAUUUGCUUAAAAGCUUAUUGAAAGCAGAUUAACAACUUGAUGUGUAGUUCUUUCUACUUGUCUAAUUAUCACCGCACAUGCAAGUGUUAAUUUUCUAUAGUUUCAGUUGCUAGUAACCCAAAGAGUCAUUGUAUAUGUCUGAAUGUUACUGACAGUUAUCAUAGGCAAAUUAUUACAACAAGGUGGAGGAUCAUCGUUAUCUUCCUCACUUGAGAUCCAUACUUUCACCAAGAAUCACUGGGAAGUCAGCAGGCUGAUCAAUCUUCACUUAUCCACUCUUCCCAGUCAUACAAUAACUCUGAAUGUCGCCGACUGAAGUUGGCUAACAUGGUAUAGGCUAUGGGCUGAGCUUUGAAAUCUCUUUGGUAGCAUGACUCAGUUACUCACUGAGGAUUGAACUUUCAAGGUCUUGUCUUUGAGAUGUUGCAUAACGUCUUCCAAAGAAAAGUUAACUUCUUCAGAGUUGCUAUCACAAACCUCUAGACUAGGUAGUUUCUUCUGGUGCAUUGAUAGUGUCCCAGAUUCAGGAGCCUGAGUUCAAGUCCCUCCUGCUCAAUGCCACCCCGCCAUCAUGUGUCCAUGACUCACCCAAACCUAUGGGAAGAUUAUAAUAUUAAUCAGCCCUUAGCAACUGUCUCUCGGGACAUGAAUAGAUUAUAGUACAAUCAAACAGUUUCCUCAACUAGUAUGUACCUUUUAAAUACAUAUUAAAUUGGGCCACUUGAAGAAACUUACGACCAAAACAACGCUUCCUUGAAACUGUAUGAAUGAAUGAGUACUGUCAAACUGAUAAUAGUAAAUAAAAUCUCACAACCCAACUGUGGUAAUCAGUUUCAUAACCUCUUUACUUUUAUUUAGUACAUGUAUAAUUUCUGAAUUAUUUAGAUCAUGUAGGUCUCAUAUUUUUACUACCAUUCGUUAACUUAAAUGAUACAAGUACUAACACCUCUUAAUUAUGCAAGGAGACCAGAUAGACACUCUAAUCCCAUCAGGAGUGACAGCCGGCAUUUAGCAAAUAGAGUCAUAGCGUCAUGGAAAUGUACAGCACAGAAAGAAACUCUUUGGUCCAACUUAUCCAAGCUGACCAGAUAUCCUAAACUAAUCUAGUCUCAUUUUCCAUUUCCUGCUUCCCCCAAAUAGAGGUUACGCAGAAUUUUGUGUACAAUACAUGUCAUUAUGUGACACCAUACUGGUUGAAUUUUCAUGUGUGUAAGCACUGUGUAUAAAGAGACUACUGCAAGAACUUACAUCAGAUUCCAUCGUCACCUUGAACUGUGCAACUGUAGAUGUUUAAUAAAGUGGUUAUUUCUGUCA